GUCAAGACAUGAAUCGAUGUACUCCAUUGACAUUGUCGUUGUGUUUGGGUGACUAUCCAUCACAAUUUCAACGAUCGCAUAGCAGCUCAACUUUUAGGAAAUCUCAUCAUUUUGAUGUUUUUAAUAAAGUUCCUAUGUUAGCUGAGGGCAACAAGCGAUCAUUGUCAGGCAAGCUCAUGCAUCCAUCAAAAUCAGAAGAAUCUCUGUUUCCACGUUCUCAACAUGGCUUAGUUCCAGCCUGGAUUGUCUUUGAGAAACAAGUUUUAAGAUUCUUUGGAUAUUUCAAGGAAACUGUGCCUGAACAUCGAAUUCCAUACCAAAUUAGAAAAGUCAAAAUUUCUUACUUCCUUGAUGACGAUACAAUUCAAAUCACGGAAUUGAAGUCAGAAUCAAGCUCUCAAUGUAUUGUGUCUAGACAGAGGAUCAGAAAAGGACAUUCAUUGCAUUCAGAUGUUAAUGUAUCACUUUUAGACAUGAAUGUAGACAAGACAAUAACUCUUCUGGACCGAGUCUAUCACAUUACAGAGUGUGACACAUUCACAAGGAACUUCCUUAAUCGUCUUGGAAUUUGUGUACCACCAGCUGUUGAAAUUCCAAAGGAUCCAGUUACUGAAAUAAGGAAAGCAGAAAAAGCAAGCAUGGCUGCAAAGCAUGCAACUUCAAAAGACUUCCGAUUCGCUAAAUUCCUUCAAAAUGAUCGAAAAGUCUUGCGAUUUUCUGCUUAUUGGAAUGACAAUGAUGAUGUUAGGAAUCUAGAAGUUCUGUUUCAUUUGUCUGAUGAUACAUUUGAGAUUAAGGAGAAGUUGCAGCCAAAUAGUGGACGACAUUCGAAUGGGAUGUUCUUAAAGAGGGCUAAAUUGCCAAGGAGCGCCUGCACAAUUAAACCUGUUGGCGAAGAAAACUUUGUCGUCCUUAAUGUCCUCGGCAAGAACAUGAUCAAAGGACGAUUCUUAAAAGACAGACGAGAAGUAAGUUUUGGUGACAGUUCCCAAUAUUACAAUGAAACCGACUUGCAAAUUGGUAAAUCCAUCAAUGUUUAUGGACGAUAUGUAGUGCUUACUGACUGUGAUGGAAAGACUAGAGAAUAUUAUCAAAAAAAGUAUGGAAUUGAAGAGUUCUUCCCGAUAUCUACUCCUUCUUCUUAUAAGCCAUGUGAGCCAAUUGCUAGAGAAUUUAAAUAUCCACCAUACAAUGGAUGGGGUAGCUUUGAGGAUUCUGAAGGAAAUUGUACUGGAAUUGAACCGAAAAUGCCAAAGGUAAAUUUCAGGAAGUUCUUGGAGUAUGACAAGUUAGUCAUUCGUUUCGGAGCUAAAAUGAUUUCCCCAAUUAAGGAAAAUAACGAUCGACUCUUCAUCAUCAGCUAUUACCUUAGUGAAGACACGAUCGCAGUUUAUGAGCUUUCAUGCAGAAACUUGGGCUUCAGAGGAGGCGAAUUCUUUGGAAAAUCAAAGUUUUACUGGCCUGGUCAGGAUAAAUACACAAGUGAGCGUCCAGUUGCUUAUAAAUCUCAAGAUUUUUACUUGGGUGCUGUUGUAAAUUUGAGGAACUUCAUCUUUAAGAUUGUUUCUGCUGAUUUGUUUGCACUCAAGUUUAUGGAAGACAAUAAAGAAGUUUAUCCGAUGAGUCAUCCACAUUUGAUCAUUGUUAAAAUUCGUGAAAGAUUGCGUCCAAUCUAUAAGGAUUUUAUUGCAUGCUACAUGACUAAAGUGAAAGUUCACAAAGAUGGUGAAUUUACACAAGAAUUUAUUGAUUAUGAAGAUUUUAAGAUAAUGCUUCGUGAGUUGCUUCAAGAUGAAAUUACGGAACAAGAAAUUGUCACAUUGUGCAGGCAUUUCGCGAUUCAAACAAAGAAAACUCCGCUGGAAUUCAGGGAAAUGGUUCGAUCGAUUGUUCAGGGUGAAAUUUGGAGAGAACUUUGGAGUGACGUGGAUCGAUUGAAAGAAUUUAUUUAUCAUUUGUCACCAAAUAAUACUGAAUAUUUGAAUGAAAAGGAUCUCUUAAAAGUCAUUAGAGGAUGUCGAGUUCCUUUGGAUAAAGCAAUAGUCCAACAACUUUUCGCAGUGCUCAACAAAAAUGGAAAUAAUGAAUUUGAAGUUAAAGAUUUCCUGCAUUUUAUUGAUUUGAAGAGUUAUAAAGCAACGCCAGUGCCACCAAUCAAUCCUAAGAAAAAUCAAUUCCACUUUGAAAUUGAUGAAGGAAGUUACAUUGAUUGGCAUAAAUUCAUUCGAGCUUUGGAUUUUGAGGAUGAAUUACAAACUUGUGGAGAUUAAAAAAAUGUUUUUGUGCCAUAAAUUAAUUUUUGUCCAAAUUUUUCGUAGUUUUCUGCCUUAAUUUUUAUUUAUGUACACGUGUGUGAAGUUUGAUAAAAUAAAAUUUUCAAUUUAAAUUCAGUCACUUUGGUUCAUAUCUAUUCAUCCACUUAUCAUAGCAUUUCUAGCCAAAAAGCACGUUCCUCCUCUUUUGACUCAACAGUCCUACACGUGAGUUUUUUUUCGAGCGAUAAAUCAUGCAUUAGAAAUACUUUCAAAAUUUUGCCA